CUAGAGGGGCGUAAUAGUAACCAUUUUGUGUUGUUGACUUUAUUUUCGCUUCAGUGUUUUUUUUUGGAUAUAUGAAAUUAAAUACAUAUAUUUAAAAAAUAUAUAUAAACAUAAUCGUCGUGUGAUUUUUAGCACGAGGCGUUGACGUCACAUGACACCAGGAAGUAGCCCAAGCACCAAUCGUCAGUACCACCGCUGCGAAGUUCUCCAUCAUGGCCUACCAGGCUGGCAUCCCAGAGGAGCCCAAUGCUCUGGUUCAAAACAUUAGCUCCAACAUCCAGAGGCUCGGCCUGCUGACCUCCGAGCUGCAGAGGGCGCUGUCGCUGCUGGGAACGGCUCACGACAGCGACCAGCUGCAGCAGACGCUGCAGCAGAACCAGCAACAAGGAAACCAGCUGGCCAAGGAUACCGACCGGCUCAUCAAGGCGUUCAGCGUGCUUCCCGCGGGCGCUGACCAGCGGCAGAGAAAGAUCCAAAAAGAGCGUUUGCUCAAUGACUUCUCGGCGGCGUUGAGCACCUUCCAGAAGACGCAGCGGGAGGCGGCCGACAAAGAACGAGAGUUUGUGGCCCGAGUCAGAGCCAGCUCCCGGGUGUCGGGUGGCCAGCCUGAUGCUCAUCAUGGAAAUGUCAACCCUUUCCUAACAAGUGACGUGCAGGUGCAGGAUCAGGCCGAAGCGGUCAGCGAGGCCGAUCUCCGGUUGAUCCGGGAGAGAGAGUCGGCCAUCAGGCAGCUGGAGUCGGACAUCACAGACAUCAACGACAUCUUCAAGGACCUGGGGGUGAUGGUGCACGAGCAGGGCGACGUGAUCGAUAGUAUCGAGGCAAACGUGGAGAGUGCAGAUGUGAAUGUCCAGAGUGCCACGCAGCAGCUGGCGCGUGCCGCCGACUAUCAGCGGAGCUCUCGGAAGAAGAUCUGCAUCCUGAUUUUAGUGUUGGUCGUCGUCGCCGUGGUCGUCGGGCUCAUCAUCUGGGGCGCCGCCCGGCAGUGAGGCCUCCUCGCUGCCCUCCUCGGCCCGGUCCCCACAUCGACUCCUGCUGCCGGGAAAUGUUAAGAGCUCAACGGCCACUUCAUUGGGUACACACACGCCAUCUCGUGAGAGUUAGUACGAUAAGAGCUUGAGUAAACAUUUCUGUUGAAGGUUUGAACUGCAGUGGCACCAGACCUCCGCUAAAGCCAAACAAACAUAAACAUGACAAUGGUGUUCCACCCUAGGCCUGUAAGUGGCACAAAUGAGCAAUGGCACACACAACAAGCAAGCAGAUUGUAACGACAAAAAGUGUGUACUUAUAAAAGUGUAGUUUGGUAUAGGUGCAUCUCAAUAAAUAAAAGUAAACAAUAUUUAAAUGUAUUAUAUAUUUUAUGUUUUAGAAUUUUGAUUAAAGCUUACAGCUAACAAAAAUUCUAAAUUUAUGAUCUCAAGAAAUUAGAAUAUUACAAUCAACAAAAUGAUUUUAACAUUGAAAUUCGGUACUAAUUGGCCCUCUGCCAAAUAUUUCCCUUUGUUUAAUAAAUGAUUUUACUUUUUGAAUUACUGAAAUAAUUUACCUUUUCUGCCAUAUUCGUGAUAUGUAGUGUGAUGCAUGCAUAUAUAUACAUAUAUAUAUAUAUAUAUAUAUAUAUAUAUAUAUAUAUAUACAUAUAUAUAUAUAUAUAUAUAUAUAUAUAUAUAUAUAUGGCAUGAUGUGCUUUAAAAUGUUUUGCGGGGUUGGAUAACUCAAACGGCUAUCGUUAUGGUAACCAACAUACAAGCAACAACUCUGUAGUAUGCAAAUGACAAUCUCAAUAAUGCACAUUUUGGUGAAUAAAUACCCCACUGACGGUGUCAAUCAACGCAGAGCAUUAUUGUUAUCUGUGUAAAGACAGGGUUUUGGAUGAGGCUGUUGUAUUUGAGAUUGCGGAAGUUUGCCUAAUGUUGUCGCCAGCCGUUCUCCAUGUUGGAAAGUCCUCACAGUUGAUGCAGUUAUUCCACAAUUUAGCCAAACUUGGCUAAUUCCAAAGCACUGUUCUAUGUAUGAACCUAUUUUGAAAAUUUAGCCUAGCAUGUGCUUUUUAAACCCUAUUUUGAGUAGUUUUCAAAGAGACACUUAACAGGAAUCUCAACAAUACUACUUUACUUUUUCUUGUUGAUAUGAAGGAAGCUAAAAGCAGUUAACUAUUAAAGUACAGUAAGUAAACAAAGCAAGCAAACAGAUUAAAAUGUGUGUGGUAUUUUUGUAAAUGACUGAUGUGCUGCGUCCUAUGUGCUUGCUUUAAUAAAUGAACCCUAUCAUAGCGAUAGAUAAUGAGUCAUUUUUGGAGAAUUAAAAUGUCAUGACAGCACCGGUACAGGGCAGUCAGCAAAAUAAAUUGCUGUUGACUGAUAGCAGCUGAAAGGAUGUACUAUGGUCGCAUAAUUUCAUAUGUAACAGUUCCCCACAAAUUUUUGAACAAUAUGAACAGAUUGAAAGCCGUACAGUAAAAUAAAAGAAAAUAUAGAAGUGGGCUGAUAAAAUUGGCUUGUUGUACACCAUUCUGGUUUAUGUAUUUACCAUUCAUUGGCUUUUAAUGAAAUAAAAAUACACAAGUAAUUGAAUGCUUCAGAUCUUUUUUUGUAAAGAGGGAAAUAGCAGUGGGCUAACAAUAUAGCCUUGUGCAACACCGUUUUGGGUUGGGUGUUUUUACCGCGCGUCGGCCGAUAAUUUAGAUGUUUAAAUGAUAUUAAAAACAUCAACUACAAUGUAUUUUUAUUUUUUUUUAAAGGACAAUAUAUGUGAACGAGGUAUUUUGCGUCAAAUUGAAACGACCAUUUAAAAGCGUUCAAAACCAACACCGUACGUCACCUUGCUGCUGGAAACGGGUUGCCGUGAUGAAGGAUGAGAUCAGGGGGACUCGUAAACGCCGGGCGAGUCAUUGCGGACUUGGCCGGCGGCAAGGUGGAAGUAACAGAUUGCUGACGCGCAGAAGGAAAAUGUUGCCUUGGCAGGGGGAGAGCAAUAUGGAAGAACCUUUGGACGGGCGGGUGCGAAUACAUCAUCUGGAACGCCGGGAGGUGCGACAGUCGGUUCUUUUGGAAUGUAGCAGGUGGCUGCAAAGAGCCCAGCUUGUUUUUCCGACGACGCAGCUUUGCCUGGAGACUUAAUGAGGUGUGGAAUUUGAGCAUCGUUAAUUGUUCACAUUAAAUUAAAGGCACUAUAAACAAUAUUUGCGACUUGCAAAAGACUUCACGUUUAUUCCGAAAGGCUUCUUCCCUCUACGUUUUAGAAAGCAAGCAGCCUUUAAAUAGGCGCACGGCACAACAUCGGAGAGCGGCUUCUUCGGGGUCCGGAGUCAACGGUUCGUUUGCUGCGCCGGAAGAAAGGACAUUUUGGAUAGGGACGCAGCUGGUUUGAAAGAGUUGUAAAUGAAGCCAUCUAUGUCAUGUCAAACUUAAAAAAACAAAACAAAAAAAAAGCUUUGAAGCAUCACCUGUCGUCUGCAUACAGCAAUGUCCUUGCAUCCCUCUCCCAAAGAUUCUCUCAUUCCACGGGAAGAGUUGCCCUCAUGAGCUGUUUUGCCACCAGCCGAGUGAACGACCGAUUGGUAUGCAGUCGACAAAAGAGCUGUAACUUGUAAUCUUAUGGAAAGUAGUAUGGGUAGUUUUCUUUUCUAGAUCGAGUAUCAUUUUUCAAGAAAGAAUAAGUUGUAGCCGGCACGGAGGACGACCGGUUAGCACAUCUGCCUCACAGUUCUGGGGACCGGGGUUCAAAUCUCUGCCCCGCCUGUGUGGAGUUUGCAUGUUUUCCCCGUGCCUGGGUGGCUUUUCUCCGGGCGCUCCGGAUUCCUCCUACAUUCCAAAAACACACGUGGUAGGUUGAUUGAAGACUCUAAAUUGCCCGUAGGUGCGAAUGUGAUCGUGAAUGGUUGUUUGUUUCUAUGUGCCCUGCGAUCGGCUGGCGACCGGUUCCGGGUGUACCCCGCCUCCCGCCCGAAGAUAGCUGGGCGAGGCUCCAGCAGCCCGCGACCCGCUUGAGGAUAAGCGGUAAAGAAAAUGGAUGGAUGAAUAAGUUAUAUUUUUUCAUCUUCUUUUUCAAGAUACAACUACCAAAGACAAAUUCCUUGUGUGUUUUUUUGGACAUACUUGGCAAAUAAAGAUGAUUCUGAUUCUGA